GAAAAAAUAAUUAUGGUGUCAAAGUAUAUAAUUUGCGGAUUUUUGGUUUUCUUGUUAAGGGUUAUUAUGGUUAAAACAAUUUUACGGAAAAAACGCAAAUUUUAUGUAAUUCAAACAAAUUCUGAUGGUACAUCCUCAAAAGUCUUAAUUCCAGUAAAGACUUUAAUUAUUUUAGGUUCUGGAGGUCAUACCAUGGAAAUGCUUAGAUUAAUUAAAUAUUUAACACCUGACAAAUAUUCUCCCUUAGUUUUUGUAAUCGCAGAAACAGACUAUCAUAGUUUAGCAAAAAUUAAAUUACAUUGUAACAACAUUUUUAAAAAAACUGAUAAGAUUAAAAUUGAUAAUAGCAAUGAUGAUCAACAUAAGGCAUUAGAAUCUGAAAAUGAAUUGACCAAGUUAAAUGAUAAAAAAUAUAGUGUUGUAAAAAUUCCACGUUGUAGAGAAGUUCAGCAACCAUGGCUCACUAUAUUUAAACCUACUACUCUAGCAUUAUAUAAAUCUUUUCUAUUAUUAUAUAAUGAAAGGCCUGAUAUGAUUUUAACAAAUGGCCCUGGAACAUGUAUUCCAAUAUGUUUAGCUGCCUUGGUAUAUCAGAUUUUAGGAUUAUUUAAAUUGCCUACUGUUGUCUAUAUUGAAAGUGUCUGUAGAACACACUCACUCUCAUUAUCUGGCAAAAUUUUAUAUAUAAUAUCUGAUUUAUUUUUUGUUCAAUGGCAGUCAUUAAAAAAUCAAUAUAACAGAGCAAUAUACAUAGGUAGAAUGAUUUAAUUGUUAUUGUAUACAAAUUUUUAUACACUUUUUUAUAUUUUAGAAAAUUUAAAUAUAUGUUUUUUUAAUGAUAAAUGAGAAUGUACUAAUUUUUUAUAAUAUAAGUAAA